CAUAUUUAGCUGCGGAAGCCCCGCAGAGUUGAUCUGUCAACCAGACGGACGACGUUGACACUUAUCGGCCGACAUUGCCCGGUGUUGACAGGGUUGUUGUUGUUGUUAUUUUUUAUUUUUCCGGGCACCGGGACACUAACGCCAGACGACAGGACGGACCGACGUCGUUUUGCGAUACGUCGCUUUGGGGGAACGGGGCAGUGUGUCAAGGGCUGUUUGAAAAAAAAAAGACAUUUUAGUUUUUUUUACGUGAUUAAAUUAACCGCGGUCUGCCAGACAGCCGAGCUAGCCAGUUAAGCUAAAUACCGAAGCCCCGGCGCUCCGCUGUGCGGUAGAAACGAACUAGUCUCGUUUAAUGUCCAUCUUUUUAUCUGGAGGAACUCGUUUGGACUCGAUGACCCCGCCGAGGUGAUGUCCUGACGGUACCUCUCGCCCGUUCACCCGCCACUCGAGCCCCCGACACCCGGCGUAGCGGAGCUAACUUGGCUAACUAGCAGGCUUUCACUUUUCACGGCGUCGUGCGGAGCAACCGGUAGCUUUCCCCGGUGGCGUCGGACGCUGGGGACGAAACGAGGCGCCCUCUUUUUUCUUCUUUUUUUAUUCGUUUGACAGUCUUUUUAGGGAAGAGGAGCUAGCAGAGAGAAGGACGCUCGGGCCGUUCGGAAGGCGGUGCUCUGCCGAAGGAGACACCGGGUUGGACGGAGGAAGAGUCCCUCUCCCCCUCCAUCGUUUGACUGCAGUGAUCCGGGAAGCGAUCCGGACAGAGACCUCAUGAAUGGAAAUCGGAACUACAGGAGACGUUGGGGCCCAGUCCCUGUUCUCCCUGCCUCGGCGGCCUGGCUAUGGCACCAUGGGGAAGCCCAUCAAGCUGCUGGCCAACUGCUUCCAGGUGGAUAUCCCCAAGAUGGACGUCUACCUCUACGAGGUGGACAUCCAGCCUGACAAGUGUCCCCGGCGAGUCAACAGGGAGGUGGUCGACUCAAUGGUACAGCACUUUAAGGUGACCAUCUUUGGGGAUCGCAGGCCAGUCUAUGAUGGAAAGAGGAGCCUGUACACAGCCAAUCCACUACCUGUGGCGCCCGCAGGGGUGGACCUGGAUGUCACUCUGCCGGGCGAGGGAGGGAAAGAUCGCCCCUUCAAGGUCUCCAUAAAGUUUGUGUCUCUGGUCAGCUGGCACAUGCUCCACGAGGUGCUGACUGGCCGCUGCAUGCCUGAGCCCCUGGAGCUGGACAAGCCCAUCAGCACCAACCCGGUGCACGCAGUGGAUGUGGUGCUGCGACACCUGCCCUCCAUGAAGUACACCCCGGUGGGUCGAUCCUUCUUCUCGGCUCCAGAGGGCUACGACCAUCCCCUGGGAGGCGGGAGGGAGGUUUGGUUCGGCUUCCAUCAAUCUGUGCGCCCGGCCAUGUGGAAGAUGAUGCUGAACAUUGAUGUGUCCGCCACCGCCUUCUACAAGGCUCAGCCAGUCAUCCAGUUCAUGUGCGAAGUGCUGGACAUUCACAACAUCGACGAGCAGCCACGCCCCCUCACAGACUCGCACCGGGUCAAAUUCACCAAAGAAAUCAAAGGUCUGAAGGUGGAGGUGACGCACUGUGGAACCAUGCGCAGGAAGUACCGCGUCUGCAACGUGACCCGGCGGCCCGCCAGCCACCAAACGUUCCCUCUCCAGUUGGAAAACGGUCAGACUGUCGAGCGCACGGUGGCCCAGUACUUCAGGGAGAAGUACAACCUGCAGCUCAAGUACCCACAUUUACCCUGUCUGCAGGUUGGCCAGGAGCAGAAGCACACCUACCUGCCCCUGGAGGUGUGCAACAUUGUACCUGGUCAACGUUGCAUCAAGAAGCUGACAGACAAUCAGACGUCCACCAUGAUCAAAGCCACAGCUCGCUCAGCUCCCGACAGACAAGAGGAGAUCAGCAGGCUGGUGCGCAGUGCCAACUACGAGGCCGACCCCUUCGUGCAGGAAUUCAAGUUCAAGGUGCGCGACGAGAUGGCCCACGUGACCGGGCGAGUGCUACCCGCCCCCAUGCUGCAGUACGGCGGCAGGGUGAGCACAGAGCACUUUAUGAACCGCACGGUGGCCACGCCCAGCCACGGCGUGUGGGACAUGAGGGGGAAGCAGUUCCACACCGGGGUGGAGAUCAAGAUGUGGGCCAUCGCCUGCUUCGCCACACAGAGGCAGUGUCGCGAGGAAAUACUAAAGGGUUUCACAGACCAGCUGCGGAAGAUCUCCAAGGAUGCUGGGAUGCCGAUUCAGGGCCAGCCGUGUUUCUGUAAAUACGCUCAGGGAGCGGACAGCGUGGAGCCCAUGUUCAGACACCUGAAGAACACCUACUCCGGACUGCAGCUCAUCAUCGUCAUCCUGCCGGGGAAGACUCCCGUCUAUGCGGAGGUGAAGCGUGUGGGAGACACCCUGCUGGGCAUGGCCACGCAGUGCGUCCAGGUGAAGAACGUGGUGAAGACGUCCCCUCAGACCCUCUCCAACCUCUGCCUCAAGAUCAACGUGAAGCUGGGCGGCAUCAACAACAUCCUGGUGCCUCACCAACGACCAUCAGUGUUUCAGCAGCCAAUCAUUUUCUUGGGUGCGGAUGUCACACAUCCACCUGCCGGAGAUGGGAAGAAGCCUUCAAUUGCUGCAGUGGUCGGCAGUAUGGACGCCCACCCCAGCAGGUACUGUGCCACCGUGCGAGUCCAGAGGCCCAGGCAGGAGGUCAUCCAGGACCUGGCCUCCAUGGUGCGGGAACUGCUCAUCCAGUUCUACAAGUCGACCCGCUACAAGCCCACCAGGAUCAUUUUCUACAGGGACGGCGUUUCAGAAGGCCAGUUCAGACAGGUGCUGUAUUAUGAGCUGCUGGCCAUUCGUGAGGCCUGUAUCAACUUGGAAAAGGAUUACCAGCCAGGCAUCACCUACAUAGUUGUGCAAAAACGCCACCACACACGGCUCUUCUGUGCCGACCGCAACGAGAGAGUUGGACGUAGUGGAAACAUUCCUGCCGGCACCACCGUGGAUACGGACAUCACGCAUCCCUACGAGUUUGACUUUUACCUCUGCAGUCACGCUGGAAUACAGGGCACCAGCCGGCCCUCCCACUACCACGUGCUGUGGGACGACAAUUGUUUCACCGCCGACGAGUUCCAGCUGCUCACCUACCAGUUGUGCCACACCUACGUGCGCUGCACCCGCUCGGUCUCCAUCCCCGCGCCAGCCUACUACGCCCACCUGGUGGCCUUCCGUGCCCGCUACCAUCUGGUGGACAAGGAGCAUGACAGCGCCGAGGGCAGCCACGUGUCUGGUCAGAGUAACGGUCGGGACCCCCAGGCGCUGGCCAAAGCUGUUCAGAUCCACCACGACACCCUGAGGACCAUGUACUUCGCCUGAGCUACAACACCCAUUCCCAACCAUUGCAACCCUUUACACACACACACAUGAACACACACAUACACACACACAGACACAGCCAUGCACACCUGGCUUGCCAGUCAAGGAGUCCUCAUAUGUGCAAGUCCCCUCCCCCGACACACCUAGUCAACCCGGACCUGACACUGUGCAGAGGAAAGCAGGGAGGAGGGAGGGGAGGAGCCCCCCCCCCCCACCCCCCACACUGGACUGAGGACGCUAACGCUGCUUUAAAAAACAAACGAGAGAAACUCAGCACUAUUAUGCAAUAUUUAACCAGCCAACUAGUUCAUUUGUGCCCUUAUCAGGCCCCCUCUUCAUUGCCCCUCCUAUCUGCUCUUCCCUGUUUGUCUCCUUUCCUUGUGGCCUAGCGGUUUUGUUUUUUUACUUUCCCCUUCCUUUGGCACGGUCUUUUCUUUAUAGAAUACUUUAGUAUUCCUCUCUUUUGCAAUCUACAGUACCUCAAGUUCAUGUUGACUCCCCCCUCCCAGUCUUUCAAACGAGGGAACAGAGAAGGAAGGGUCGACUCUGGAGUCGUUGCGUUGGCGUUUUUUUAUUUUGGAAAGGAGUCGUUUCAUUGGACCAGAGGUCCUCCCAGUUGCCACUUUUAUAUUUUAAUUUCUCCUCUUGUUUCCCUCUUUUUCUGUCAAUUUUCACUUGUGUGAGAAGUCUCCAGUCUCUAUGAUGGAGCAACAUGUUCUUUGGAGCACACUGCCACCUGCUGGCGACGAGGUAUAAAUGCCCCUUUAAAGUCACGACAACCAAUCGUUGUGUGACGAGGUUCCGGAUCAGUUCUGAUUCAUCUUCAUCACAUCAACGGGCAGUUUAUACGGGCUGAUAUAUCAAUUGCAGCCAUCUAUGGAUUUUAUUUAAAGUAUAACACUGUUAUUUGUUUUAUGGUGGUUAUUUUUCUUUUACAUUAUGUGAAACAUUUGUAAUCGUUUAAACCGUGUAAGCUUCUGUUUUUUUUAAUCUUAGUCGUCGUCACGCCUUCAUUUCUCUCAGUGCUUUAAAUCACAUUUCUCUCUCUCUGCCUCACAGUUGGAGAAAGUGGGUCAACAGAGAUCACGUCGAUGGUUUCCUGUAGUGCAAUAAUCAGUUGAACGAAGGGAAGUGGAUUUUAGGGGGCUUGAAAGAUUCAAAAGAACAGUCGGCCCCUCGCUGCUCCUCUGGGACGCGAUGUGUCGUGUUUCAUGAGUUUGUCUUUGAUGUUGCAAAACUGCAGUUUUGGUGAUUUCCGUGUUUUUACUUGAAUUGAAGGAAUUUAUGCCGCUCAGUGUUUUUAAGAAUACUUUAUCAUCAAGUGGCAUCAUUUCAAAAUUCCUGAUCUUCAGGUUGCUAAUGAGGCUGAUCUUCUCCAUUCUCCUAAUAAGAGUAACAAUGUGUGUGUGUGUAAAGGCCAUAAAGAAGUAGUAUUCAA